AUGGCUUCAAAGCUGCUUCUCUUGAGAAGGCUCUCGAGGCUUCUGAAACCUCCAUGUUCUGCUUCUUCUUCGACUUUCAGGUCGUCUUUGUACCUUUUAGAAGCUUCGAAAUCCCUACAUCUCUCUGAGAACAGUCACGGACCUCGUUAUUGGAUUGAUUCUAGAAGCUUCUGUUCUAGCCCUUUGAACCUCAACGAUGCUGAAGCCCCCACCGCUAUCGAUUAUCGUUCUGUACUGCAGGAGGAUGAAUUUCACAAGCUAGCUGAUACUACAAUACAUGAUCUUCAAGAGAAAUUUGAGGAAUAUGGAGAUAGCGUUCAAGUUGAUGGCUUUGACAUAGACUAUGGGAAUGAGGUGCUGACCUUAAAACUCGGGGAUCUCGGCACCUAUGUUUUGAACAAACAAACACCAAAUAGACAACUUUGGUUGUCUUCCCCAGUGAGUGGUCCUUUCAGAUUUGACUGGGAUCGGAAUGCUCAAGCUUGGGUUUAUAGAAGGACCAAAGCUCAUUUAUUGAAACUUCUAGAAAGCGAGAUGGAGGAACUGUGUGGCGAACCAAUCAGCCUUUCAUAA